AAUUCCAGAAUAUUUGAUUGUCUGUGAAAGUUGCGACAAAACUGAUUGCCGGAACCUUUUGUAACUCUAUUGCAGACUGCAAACGUCGAUCACCAGCACCACACGCUCCGUGGCGACUCGGAUGCUGUGCUCCCCAACGGUCAUCCCGACAGCGAAGGGCAUGACAGCACGGUGGUUUCAGAUUCAGCCUACGCUGCGAACCACACCUUGGUCGUGCAGGCUACAGUUCCUUCUCAAAUGCUCCACCCUUGCUCGCCAGCCCCGUCGAUUCUAGCUCAUUGUGAGGCACACCCUUCGGCUGCGAACGUCGAUCACCAGCACUACAGGCUCCGCGACGACUUGUAUACUGUGCUCCCCAACGAUCGUCCCGACAGCGAAGGGGAUGACAGCACGGUGGUUUCAUAUUCAGCCUACGCUGCGAACCACACCUUGGACGUGCAGGCGGCAGUUCCUUUUGGAAUGCUUCAACCUUGCUCGCCAGCCUCGUCGAUUCUAGCUCAUUGUGAGGCAUACACUUCGACUGCAAACGUCGAUCACCAGCACCACACGCUCCGUGGCGACUCGGAUGCUGUGCUCCCCAACGGUCAUCGCGAGAGCGAAGGGGAUGACAGCACGGCGAUAUCAUAUUCAGCUUGCGCUGUGGACCACACCUUGGUCGUGCAGGCUACAGUUCCUUCUCAAAUGCUCCACCCUUGCUGGCCAGCCCCGUCGAUUCUAGCUCAUUGUGAGGCACACCCUUCGGCUGCGAACGUCGAUCACCAACACUACACGCUCCGCGACGACUCGGAUACUGUGCUCCCCAACGGUCAUCCCGGCAGCGAAGGGCAUGACAGCACGGUGGUUUCAGAUUCAGCCUACGCUGCGAACCACACCUUGACUCUGUACUACAGGACGUGGAGGCGGCAGUUCCUUCUCAAAUGCUCCACCCUUGCUCGCCAGCCCCGUCGAUUCUAGCUCAUUGUGAGGCACACCCUUCGGCUGCGAACGUCGAUCACCAACACCACAUGCUCUGCAGUGAUUCUCAUGCUGUGCCCCUGAACGGCCAUCUCGACAGCAAAGGCGACGACUGCGUGGGAAUGUCAUCUUCAGCCCACGCUGCGGACCAGACUUUGGUUGCAGGAGUUGGCUGAACUGCAGCGGAAGUUGGCCCAGCAAGAGAAUUAUGUGACCCAGCUCAGGCACAAAGUCAGCCGUUUGCAGAAAACGAAUAGUGCAUUUUCUCAAAAAAUGAAGAAUGUCGCUGAUGGCCUCCAAGCUGUGUUCACAGAAGAUCAAAUUCGUGCUCUCGACAGGAAGUCCAACCGUGGAAGUGCGUGGUCAUCCGCUACGAUAAA